CAGUCUCGUUACGGCCGCAUUGAGCGAUUGUACGCAGCCCGCGACCACUCCGAUGUUUAUACGAUUUUGACAGAUAAACAAUAACAAUGACGGACAUGUGAAUGGAGUAGCGCGCCAUCAACCCCCUUCGAUCUGAAGCACACCUGUACACCCGGCGUGUCCUGUGCCAGUGACGUUCGACGAUAUUUUCUGCUUUUUUGUCUUUGGCGAAUCCCCAAUUCGCCGGCCUCCCUUGACAGUUUUAUUGAAAACACGACGCACACACCACACACUUGACAGUUAUCGGUGCUACGGCCGAAUCCAAUUUUGGGUUUGCAGUUCCGCGAGAGGUUGUUUUUGUGAUCGGAGAAUUCCGUAUGGUUUGUGUGGGUGCCUAAAACGUGCAGUGCCCGAAGAAAAAAAAAAACUGUUUUGCCAUCGAGCUUCACGCACACUUGUUUCCUCUCUAUGCGAAGACGAUAGACGAACGUCGAAAUGGGUUGGAUCGUCGUCUACGUCGUCUGUCUGCUGCAAAUUGCUCAAGCGUACCACCACGAAAACCAACAGCCACCAAAAAUCACCGAACACCCGGUCGACACGAGCGUCGCCAGACACGAGCCGGCAACGUUGAAUUGCCAGGCUUCCGGUAAACCGGAACCGACCAUAACAUGGUACAAGGACGGGGUCCUGUUGAGAACCGCGCCGCAGGACGCGCGGAGCCAUCGGGUUCUGCUGCCGGCCGGAAGUCUUUUCUUCCUGAAGGUCAUGCAGAGCCGGAAGGAGUCCGAUGCGGGAGUCUACUGGUGCGAAGCCAGCAACGCACUGGGCAAGGCGAGAAGCAAGAACGCCACCUUAACUGUUGCAGUAUUAAGAGAUGAAUUCCGCUACGAGCCACAAAGCUCGCAGGUGGCAGCAGGAGAAGACACCAUUUUGGAGUGUUCGCCUCCGAAGGGUACACCCGAUCCGGUAGUUUUCUGGAAGAAAGAUGGCCAACCGUUGACAAUAGAGAAAAGACUGAAACUGGUAGAUGGCUCAAACCUCGCCAUCACUGAUACAAAACCCUCUGACCAAGGAAAAUACCAGUGCAUCGCCAAAAAUUACGCCGGCGUACGGGAGAGCAGUGUGGCAGUACUUAAUGUUUACGUUAAACCAUACAUGAUUCAUGCCCCUAAAAAUGUUGUUGCUUUGGCUGGCAGUACUGUGGAGUUCGCUUGCGGAGCAGGUGGUGAUCCGAUCCCCGAUGUUUUAUGGAGGCGAAACGCGCCAGGUGGUACAAUGCCACUAGGAAGGGUUCGAGUACUUGAAGACCGAACACUUCGUCUUGAAAGAAUCACAAUUAUGGAUGAAGGGGUUUAUACAUGCGAAGCAGACAAUUCUGCUGGGGUAGUCUCAGCUUCCGGCAUUUUAACAGUUCAUCAGCCCCCAACUUUUACUGUACGUCCAUCUGCGCAAACAAUCGAACAGGGUCAAGAAGUUACCUUUCACUGCAACGUACAGGGUAGUCCAACUCCGUUUAUUUUCUGGUCGUUGGAAGGCGAUAGAGCUUUGAUUUAUCCCGGAUCCAGUUCUGGCAACUUCGAAGCCUUCACUUCCUCAGAUGGACAUUCAACUCUCAUAUUGAAGAAUGCCCAAGUACAAAACUCGAAAACGGUGAUUAUUUGUUCUGCUGUUAAUGCCGCAGGUUCCAUUUCGACAAGAACUAGACUCACUGUUACAUCCAAAGAAGAUAGACCUCCACCAGUAAUUAUACGAGGUCCGGUGAAUCAAACUUUACCAAUUCACUCUGUAGCUUUCCUCACGUGUGAAGCUAGCGGGAAUCCCAAACCUGUGAUAUCAUGGUAUAAAGAAAGUACGCCUGUAUCGGCCAGUGAUAGAAUAAACAUGUCUAAUCCAAGCCACAUAGAAAUCUACAAUCUCAAAAAAGAUGAUUCGGGAUCCUACACCUGCGUAGCGUCUUCAAGAGGUGGAAAGGCCACAUGGACUGGUCAUCUUUUAGUUGAGAAUCCUAAAAAUCCAAACAUUAACUUCUUUAAGGCAUCUGAACCCGCCAUGCUUCCAGGACCACCAAGCAGACCACACGCUUUAAACCAAUCAGAGGAAAGUGUCACUAUCACUUGGGGACAAAAUAAUAAAAUAGGCUCAUCUAGUCUACUGGGUUAUCAAAUCGAAUUGUUCGGAAGAGAAGAAGGUGUAACUCCCACUUGGACCGUCGUUGCAAAAAGAGUGAUGGGACCAACUUAUACACAACCACUUUUAAGCCCUGGUGUCCCAUAUACAUUUUUGGUGAGGGCUGAAAAUUCACAUGGACUAGGACCUCCAUCCCAACUGUCAGAACCUAUACUUGUUGGUAUAGAUUCGUCUCAGAACUGGGGAAAUCCUGAAGUUACAAUACUCAGCGAAGCAAGGGCUAGUUUAGUGUCGAGUAAUGUUGUAACACUUAUUGAUGCCAUACCGAUAUCUUCAACGGCAAUUAAAUUGACUUGGAAAACUGAAGAAAUUUUAUUUGUUGAGGGAUUGUACAUUUAUUACGUUGCACUAGAAAGUUCUCCUGAAACUCCCAGGACUUACAGUAUGCUAACAGUAUUACAUGCUGGAGACACGAAUUCGUUCGUUGUUAAUAACUUGGAAAAGUGGUCGAAAUACGAAUUUUUCAUUGUACCUUAUUAUAAAUCGGUUGAAGGACAGCCAUCAAAUUCAAGGACCGCUAGAACUUUAGAAGACAUUCCUAGAGAGGCUCCAUCUAGCAUGGAAGCUAGAUUAUUGAAUUCCACUGCGGUAUACUUAACAUGGAAACCUCCCCCACUGAUGUCCUUAAACGGGGAACUGCAAGGCUUUAAAGUGGAGGUCAAAACUAAUGGAUCAGAAUCCCUUGAAGCUAUCAGUGUUGGAUCAACACCUUCAUUAAUGUUGACCAAUCUGACUUCUGGAGUUUCUUAUUUCGUUCGUGUGGCAGCUUCAACAAGAGCUGGUUUAGGACCUUUCAGUCCUGCAGCAACUCUACGCCUGGAUCCUACUAGCAGAACUGUUGAUAAUAACAGUCAAAGACCUGUAGAUGCUCAAUCAGGUGACUUUAUAACAGAGACUUGGUUUAUGGCACUAUUAAUCAGUAUGGUAUCUGUCAUGGUAAUAUUAUUUGGUGCUAUGCUAUUCGUUCGAAGAAGACAAAUGUUGUCAAAGAAAACAAUGACCCCAAGUAGAUCAAACGGCCGUGUAUUGUCAACCCCACUAGCUUCUAAACACGAAGCCCCAUUAUGGUUGGACAAAGACGCGCUUCCCGAGUACGCCAGCACCUUGCCCGAGUAUUCCAAGUUGAAUCCUCAUGAAUACAGAGACUACAUAAACGCUAGUCCACAGUCCAACAGCAUGAACCAUAACAGCGUUAACUUGCACAAUAAUCCGAUGCAUCCUAAUGAGUACAGUCGGCCUAACGAUUUGGAGUACUCUUCAGAUAAGAGCUACGCCAUGAGGAACUCCCAAAACGCUGAAUACGCAGAAGUUGAUUCGACUCUAAUCCAACAGGACAAUAACAGCGGAGCUUGUUCUCCGGCUCCGUACGCUACAACGACCCUCGUUACUGGCGGCAGAAAAUUCGGAAAUUCAAUGAAUUGGAGUUCCUCGCAUUCUAACGACUCGUCCGAUGAAUCGCCCUAUCCCUCAUACAACGGAGGUUACUACAAUCGAAAAGUUUACUCUGACUCUUAUUCGGCCCCUAAUGAAACCCUACGGAAGAACAAAAAAGUCCGAAAGAACUCACAAGAAAAUCCACCAGACUUAGUUUCUCCAAAUCAACCGGUUUACGCACGUGUGGGUCCACCCGGUAUGUCGUGGAGGAAUGGAGCGCCAUCUAUGUCCAGUUUUACGCCGCAACCCCACAACAAGCACUACGCUUCGACUAGAAGUGAACCGGGGAACCCCUUGUGAAUGCAAAUUAGAUUCUAAGAGGCCUAAAUAUCUGAGAAGUAAGGCGGCCUAAAACUGGGUGGAUUUGACAUGGAUAAAGAGUGUAUAUACGGGAACUUGAGAAUUAUAUAAGCGUGUACGUGGAAUGAAAUUUUGCCUAGCUAAGUAAUCCAUUGAUAAAUUACCUAGUUUUUGUUUCUAUGCCUAAAAAGUGAUAAAAACAAAAGUUAACUCUGUAUAAAUUGUUUAUUAUUAAUUAUUUGUUAGUGAUAUCGUGUUGAUAGUUUUUCUGCUACAUUAUAGUACUAUGGAAAAACUGUUAAAUAAUUAGUUUCAGUGUAAUUUAUAAGCAUAACUAUUGUCGAAUACGUUACAUUGUUGUAUGCCAAUACGAUCGCCUAAUUUUGCCGCAAAUCAUUUACUAUAUUAUUAGAGCUCUAGUAAGACUGAAUAAUUAUUUGACUCGAUAUAUUUUAGGAUUCUCACUAUUAAACCGUCACACUGAAGCUUUUACCUAAUUUCUUUACAAAAAUGUGAUUUCUAGUCAUAGUUUACGUUUAAGUCACUCAUUAAAAACAUUGAUUGGAUAUAUACAUAAUUAGUGGCUGAAUUUAAUUUCUAAAAAUGUGGAUUAAAAGGUCUAUAUAGUGUAAAUCGUCCAUUUUAAAUGCUAAUGUAGGUUUAAUCUUUAAAUUAAGAGGUAUUGUAUAAACUAUUUGUGAAUCUGCCGUUCGUCUGAAAAUAUUCUGAAAAAUAGGCGCACGUAACGUCUAUUUCUGGUAUUUUUGGUAUCUGUAACUACUUAAAGCAUUUGUAUAAAACACAUAUCAAUAAAAUAUGUAUAAAAAUAUGACUGUAAAAAGUAGAACCUAGAUUUGUACUUAUUUAAUUUUAAUGCAAAUACUGUUUGAAAACAAUAUUCGUCGUAGUAUAUCAUAUAAUUAAUGAUAAAACUUUCCCAUCUAAUGUGCAACACUCGAAUAUUCUGUAAAAAAGUCAUGGUAUAAAUUUUUUGAAAUUUGUACAUUAGCAAGGAAACAGUAGAUUCUUUAUUUAAAUAAAGUAUUUUAGGGUUUAGCGUUUAAUCUAUAAAUGAAACGAAAAUGUCAAUAAUUAUAAACUUAGCGUCGUAUUAGCUAAACGCUAAAAUAUAAAAUUUUUAUAAAGAAUCUUGCAUCAAUGAACGAAUCAUGAUAUAUCAAUGUUGUUAAUUUAUAAUACUUUUGUAUAAACUUUUUGGCAUAUCAAGCAUUUACUUUGUGAUUCCUUAGAAAAUCUGUUUGGUGUAGAUCUUGAUAUGUCACGACUAAACUAAGUAAUAAAUAAAUAAUUCAAUCAUAAUACUUAAGACAGACUCAUUAAACUAGGCAUUCGUAAACGAUAUUAAAGAAAACAUUCAUGAGCCCAUUUGAUUUAUGAUCGUUCUUUUAAUUUUGUAAAAUAUUGUACUAUAUAAAUAAUUAGGUAUAUAUAAUGUAAACUUUAUUGUUUUUUAUUUUAAAAGUCUUCCUUAUUUAUCAUUUUUUAUGUGGCAAAUGAUGUGCUCAUAUUUUUUAUAAAACAAUGUGCCAUUAAGUAUGUUAAACAGUGUAUGUACAGUAUUUAACAAUAAAUUUUUAA